AUGAGAUGGCACCAUGAGCAUACACAAGAGGAUGGGGUAAUGCGUCAUCCAUCAAACUCUGAGGCUUGGAAGAACUUCAAUGAAACUCAUUCUUUUUUUGCUGCUGAACCAAGGAAUGUAAGGUUGGGGUUAUGUACUGAUGGUUUCCAACCGUUUAGUCAAUCUGGGAGGAAAUACUCUUCGUGGCCAGUGAUUGUCACCCCAUACAAUUUGCCUCCAGGAAUGUGUAUGAAAAAGGCAUAUAUGUUCCUAACUGUCAUUGUUCCUGGGCCAAACAAUCCCAAACAUAAAAUUGAUGUUUAUCUGCAACCUCUAAUAAAGGAAUUGACUUUGUUGUGGGAGACAGGUGUAGAAGCAUUUGACAUCUCGAAAAAGCAAAACUUUCAACUGAGGGCAUCUUUGAUGUGGACAAUCAGUGACUUCCCAGCAUAUUCUAUGUUAUCAGGAUGGAGUACGGCGGGCAAGUUAGCAUGUCCUUAUUGUAUGGAGGAAACACAAUCCUUUAGAUUACAACAUGGCAGGAAAACAUCUUGGUUUGAUAGUCACAGAAUGUUCCUUGACCAACAUCAUCCUUCUAGGAGAGAUCGUAAAAACUUUCUCAAAGGUAAGACUGUCAAAAGACUAUCACCACUCUAUAGAAUAGGAGAGGAAAUUUUGAACCAAAUUUGUGACUUGGGGAUAAGGAAAGUAACAGAGUUAGAUGCACAGGAAGUUAAUCAGAGAAUAUUUCUUAAUAUUGAUAACAAAACCAAAGACAAUCUACAAUCACGUCAAGAUAUGGUAAAUUACUGUGAUCGACCACAGUUGGCAAAGGACACUAGUGGAAAAUAUCCAAAAGCUAUAUAUACAAUAGAUAAGGAAGAAAGAGCUAUCUUGUUCAAUUGGGUGAAGGGUUUGAAGUUUCCAGAUGGGUAUGUUUCGAAUUUGGGUAGAUGUCUAGACACAAACGCGAAAAGAUUAUUUGGCAUGAAAAGUCAUGAUUGCCAUGUGUUCAUGCAACGACUAAUGCCUAUUGCUUUUCGUGAACUGCUUCCCAGUAAUGUGUGGCAAGCACUUACAGAAUUGAGCUUAUUUUUUAAAGAUCUUACUUCGACCACUCUACGAGUGGAUGACAUGGAAAGAUUAGAGGCAGACAUCCCGCAAAUCUUGUGUAAGUUAGAACGUAUAUUUCCCCCUGGGUUCUUUGACUCAAUGGAACAUCUGUCUGUGCACCUGCCAUAUGAAGCAAAGAUUGCUGGACCUAUACAAUAUCGAUGGAUGUAUCCUUUUGAAAGGUACCUCGGAACUCUUAAAAGAAUGAUUGGGAAUAAAGCUAGUGUUGAGGGUUCCAUUUGUGAAGCAUACUUGAUGAAGGAGUCAACACAUUUGUUUUCUCAUUAUUUUGAACCUCAUGUCAUGACACGUAAUCACGAUGUGGACCGUAAUGAUGAUGGUGGUACUGUAGAAGAUCUUGAAGGAAAUUUAUCAAUAUUCACCCAUCCCGGUCGACUAUGGGGAGAAGCAAAAAAGAGGAAUUUAUCCCUUGAAGAAAUCAAGGCUGCCCAAACUUACAUUUUACUAAAUUGUAAAGAGGUUGAACCUAUGUACGUGCAACGUCUGCAAGGAGAAUUCCCGAAUCUAUCUCAAGGUCAAAUAGAUGAGAGCCUUGAAGCAUAUUUCUCUAUAUGGUUCAAGGAAUAUGUCCGCUGCAACCAUAUUGAGAAUAAAUUCUUGCGUAGUCUUGCUCAUGGACCACUAAUAGGCGCUACAUGUCAUUCUGUGUAUUUUACUAAUGGAUACAAAUUUCACACAGACAAUCAUGGUAGCGCAAGAUCAACAAUGAAUAGUGGAGUUUGUAUCUCGGAUCCAAAUUUUGGUGAUUACUAUGGACGGAUAAAAGAGAUUAUACAAGUGGAAUUUCGUGAAGAUCCUUUAAAUCAAACUAUGUUAUUCAACUGUGAAUGGUUUGAUCCAACUAUGGAUGUUGGUGUUAAAAAUCAUAAUCAGUACAAAUUGGUUGAUGUUAAUUAUCGUCGCCGAUAUAAAAAAUAUGAACCUUUUAUUCUUGCGAUGCAAGCAACUCAAGUGUGUUAUGUGUCGUAUCCUAGCAAGAAAAAGGAUAAGGAUGAUUGGGCAGCUGUGUUGAAGGUCAAACCUCGGAAUGUUGUUGAAUUAUCCGAUGAGAAAGUAAUGGUGACAGCUCCAGAUUGA